ACCAUCCUCACAAAAAAAUCUAGAGGCAAUGACGCAAACCAAAAUCUCUGGUUUCUCUCGGCCAAGCUUCACUCUCCAUGAAACAAAAGUAGCUCAUCAGCCUCGUAUCUCCAUGGUUUUAUCAUCAGCAUCGCCAUCACCGUUUAAGCACCUUCUCUGCAAGUCCACCUUCCCUCUCGCUGCCUCACUCACCCUUCUCCUCUCUCCCUGCACCGCUCAAGCAGGCCUAAUGUCUGGAAGUCCCGGCAUAGAAUCAGUCCCUGGUCCUGAAUUACCAAAGCUCGAGUUCCUUGAACGUUUCAAUGCUAAAAACCAAAAGUUCUACGCUGAAAACGAUUCCAGAUUCAGAGAAUCUCCAAUUCUCAAGAAACUACUCGAAAACUCCAAACUAAACAAAGAAAAGAAUGAAAGAGCGAUUCAAGACAAGUACUGUCUAAGAGGAGCAGAAUGGGGAGUAGGAGACUGUUCAACCAACGGAAUGACAGAUGAAGAAAAAGAACAAUUCAUCACAAUGUUGAAGAAGAAGACUGGCAUUGAAUAAAAAAAACUUUCGGAAAAUCACAUUUAUGUAUUUAGCGUUUUUUUUUAUGAGAACGUGAUGAAUCUAUGCUAAAAUGAAAUACACAAAACAUGACAAAAACACAAACCAUUUUCC